AUGGCCUCCAAUGAGACAAGCUACAAUUUCCCCCAUCGGCCCCGAAGACCGAGAGCAAAGGCCCAGGCGCGGCGCGCCCAGGUAAGAAAAGCCCAGGUCGAGCACCGCCAGCGCAAGACCAACUACGUCAAGAAGCUGGAGCUCGACGCCGCGAACCUGCGAGACGCCAUCGCGGACGCCGAGGCGGAUGUAGCGGCUCUCAGGCGGGAGAACGUCGUGAUGCAGGGGAGACUCGAGGCCCUGUCGCUGGGGCGCGUACCCGUCGACAAGCCCCUGCCCGCGCUACCCGAUACAGGUACGCUGGGACUAGGCUUUUCGGGCUCUUUACCUGCGGGUAUUACUUCUACCGCCUUGUUGGGUGACGCCGUCUCGGCUACCCUGGUUGUGGAUGAAGUGAUGAGGAAGCCUUGCUAUCGUAUCGUCUCGGAUCCUCACGGGUCGUGGGCCACGCCACCCGCGCACGACUUUGGUGCUCUUCCCUUGCUAUCCCCGGCACAAGAGGUCCAAGCUAUCAACUUUAUCUUGGCCACGUUUGCUGGGACCAUUUCCACCUCCACGACUUCCCCGCCCACGGCGACGACUCCCUCCCCGAAUCCUCCCACGCCCUCCUCGCCACAGUUCUUCGUCGUCGUCCUCUGCGUCCUCGUCGCCACCCCCAGUAAGUCCGUGGCAGGCCCCGCACUUACUCUGCGCAAUUUACACGGGCUUGCCUCCUCCCUUCCUGUGGACGACAAGGACCUCACUCCCGUGCAGGCGUGGUUCGAGCUCGCGGGUAGAUACCCCGCUGCCUCCUUCAUGCUGCCCGAGGUGGUGGAGGCUUUGAAGCGGGAAUUCGUGGGCGUGGUCAAGUGUUUUGAGUUUGGGGCGACGAUUGAGCGCGGGGCGUUCGACUCGGUUGUGGGGUUUGAUCAUGACCUUACAUCGCUGUUUGCCUAA